CACUGGUCCAAGUUCAAAAGGAGUUUAGUGCACAGGGAUUCUCGCCCACUGAACAUUAUCAAGGACACCAGGCCCAGAGCUCUAAACUAUUGUACCAGCUCUAAAAUGGAAGAAGCCAAAAGUCAAAGUUUGGAGGAAGACUUUGAAGGACAAGCCACACAUACAGGACCCAAAGGAGUAAUAAGUGACUGGAGAAAGUUUAAACUAGAAAGUGAAGAUGGUGAUUCAAUGCCACCUAACAAGAAGGAGAUUCUCAGACGAAUGUCUUCUCAGAGCAGAGAUGACAAAGACUCAAAAGAAAGACUGGGAAGGAAGAUGAGCAUUCAAGAAUAUGAGCUAAUCCAUCAAGACAAAGAGGAUGAGAACUGCCUUCGCAAGUACCGUAGACAGUGCAUGCAGGACAUGCAUCAGAAGCUGAGUUUUGGGCCUAGAUAUGGCUUUGUAUACGAGCUGGAAACAGGAGAGCAAUUCCUGGAAACAAUCGAAAAGGAGCAGAAGAUUACCACCAUUGUUGUCCACAUUUAUGAAGAUGGUGUCAAGGGCUGUGAUGCUCUGAACAGUAGUUUAACAUGCCUUGCUACAGAAUACCCUAUGGUCAAAUUCUGUAAGAUAAAAGCUUCUAAUACAGGUGCUGGGGACCGCUUUUCCUCAGAUGUACUCCCUACCCUGCUUGUCUACAAAGGUGGGGAACUCAUAAGUAAUUUUAUUAGUGUUGCUGAGCAAUUUGCAGAGGAGUUUUUUGCUGGGGAUGUGGAGUCGUUCCUGAAUGAAUAUGGGUUACUGCCAGAAAGAGAGAUACAUGCCCUAGAGCAGACCAACAUGGAAGAAGAAGAUAUCGAAUAG